UAUGGCCCUACCUAACCAAGAAAAUUGAUUAAACAAAUUCUUGGGAAAAGUGCAUCAAGAACUAAAGCCCUUUACUUCUUUUUUUUUCCUCUCUUUUUCUUCUUCCUUCUCUUCCAUGCCUGUUUUGUCUUCAUCAUCAUCUCUUUCUGCAAAACAAGAUGUAUCCUAUCAUGAACUCGAAUGGGUAUAACCAAUUCGUUACUAAUAAACCAUUAGAUAAUGCAUCGUCGCAACCAUAUUCAUACCCUCAUUUAUUACCUUAUGGAUAUGGUAUGCCUCCGCCAUCGCCGCCACCACCACCACAACAACAACAUCAACCAUAUGGAUCUCCUGAUGGGUCUUCUGUAUAUAUUCAAAGAGCCCCUAUUGGAAUAACCAAACAUAUGGAAGAGACAACUUGGUCAACCAACAUGUUUGCAUGUGGUAGAGACCCCAAAAAUUGUCUUACAACAUGUGUUUGUCCAUGCAUAACAUCCGGGCAAAUUGCAGAAAUAGUGAGUGAAGGACGAACGUCAUGCAUGGAAGGAGUGAUAAUAAACAUGUUACUCUGUUGUUUAUGUUGUACUACACCACUUUAUACUUUUUACUACAGAGUUAAAUUGAGAAGAAAAUUUAAGUUGGAAGGGAAUGAAUGUCUUGAUUGCCUUAUUCAUACAUUAUGUUGUUAUUGUGCCUUAUGUCAAGAAUAUCGUGAGCUUCAUCGUCAAGGAUUUGACCCUGCACUUGGAUGGGCAGAAAAUAUUGAGCGGCAAAGCCAUGCUGUUGCUGUUUUCACUAUUACCCCACCUCCAGUUCAAGAAGCCAUGAAAAGAUAACAGUUCAAUUAUUUUUUUUGAUCAGUUAAUUAUCAAG